UGUAGAGAAUGAGAACAAACUAACAUCUAAGUCAUGGCGUCUAGAUUUGAAGAGCUGCUAUAAAAUCAUGAGGUUCUGGUUGACGCUUCAGCUUGGCCCGGUGCACACAGAAGGUGGAAUGGUUGAAGGCAAACACAAAUCGCUCGGACUCUUUCACUCUAUUGAUAUUUUUAAAGGGAUUCCUUUUGCUGCUCCUCCUGGAAUAUUUGAAGAUCCUAAAGCCCACCCUGGAUGGUCAGGGGUUCUGAAAGCAACCUCAUUUAAAGACAGAUGUCUUCAAACAACCUUGACCCAGGACAAGGUCCGUGGUAGUAUGGAUUGUCUUUACCUGAACAUCUGGAUACCUCAAGGAACCUCAGUUUCUACCAAGUUGCCAGUCAUGAUAUGGAUCUUCGGAGGUGCUUUUAUUUGGGGAUCAGGACAUGGAGCCAAUGUUCUUGACAACUAUCUUUAUGAUGGAGAAGAGAUCGCAGUUAGAGGAAAUGUCAUCGUGGUGUCAUUGAACUAUCGGUUGGGCCCCUUGGGAUUCCUUAGCACAGGAGAUGCCAAUGCUCCAGGAAACUAUGGCCUCAAAGAUCAACACAUGGCUAUUGCUUGGGUGAAGAGGAAUAUUGCAGCCUUUGGGGGUGACCCAAACAACAUAACCAUUUUUGGAGAGUCAGCUGGAGGUGUCAGUGUUUCGUUUCAGACACUGUCUCCUAAAAACAAAGGUAUCAUCAAGCGAGCAAUCUCUCAGAGUGGUGUGGCGUUAUGUCCCUGGGCUCUACAGAAGAACCCACUUCCCUGGGCUCAGUCGGUUGCAGCGAAGAUUGGCUGUCCAGUGGAUGAUAAUGCUGCCAUGGUGGCUUGCCUGAAACAGAGUGACCCCAAAAUGAUAACUCUAGCCUAUGGCAUUGAUCUUCUAAAUCUAGAAUACCCACUUCUGUACUAUCUCGGGUUUGCACCAGUUGUCGAUGGGGAUUUUAUCCCAGAUGAGCCUCAAAAAUUAUUCCACAAUGCAGAAGAUAUAGAUUAUAUCUUUGGAACCAACAACAUGGAUGGACAUCUGUUUGCUGGUGUGGACAUUCCUGCUGUUAAUCAGCCCCUUCACUCUGUAACAGAAGAACAGCUGCAUGACUUGGUUAAGGGACUGACUUUGCCCGGCGGAGAAAAGGCUGUUGAAAGUGUCUAUGCCCUGUACACUGAGCACUGGGACAGCAAACCUUCGCAGCUCACCAUGAAGCAAACCGUUGUCGAUUUAGAAACUGACAUCAUCUUCCUUGUAGCUUCUCUAAAGGCACAGAAUCUGCACCUGCAGAACUCCAAUGGUGGAAGGACAUACAGUUACCUGUUUUCCCAUCCCUCAAGAAUACCUGUUUACCCUGGCUGGACAGGUGCAGACCAUGCAGAUGAUAUCCAGUACGUCUUUGGGAAACCGUUUGUCUCACUGAUGGGGUACAGGCCAAAGGACAGGGAUGUCUCCUCCUAUAUGAUUGCUUACUGGACAAACUUCGCUAAAACUGGGAACCCUAACUUAGGCAAUUCCAAGGUUCCAACAGAAUGGAAACUGUACAGUUCAAAUGCAGGAAACUACUUGGAGAUCACACAUAAGAUCAACUCUAGUUCUAUGAAACAGAGCUUCAGGGAUACGUAUUUUAACUUCUGGACAGAGACAUACCCCCGGAUUACAGAAACAGAAACAGAAUAAACUCAUCCAAAGACCAGAGAUAAAUUGGAUGAGUAUGAAUGCAACCCUAUAACUCCUGAAAUAAAUGAAGUGAUAUUAUCCCAUAGAAGUGACAAAACAGUAUUUUGAAAUAUAAACUUUAGUAAUAUGUUGUCUAGGCUUUACACUUACAAAAUAAAAGUUUUAAUUCAUCCCAGUUCAGUUGAUUUUGCUUUCAAAUAUUGCAACAGUCAGUUAAAUUUUCACUGUUUAAGAAACAUGAUUGUUGUUAUGUGAAGGAAGUAAAUACCUGAUAUGGUUUGCAUUUAAAAAAUAAAUAAUAAACUGCAAAAA